AAUCUACUUCUACUCAACCUCAAUACUUCAACAAAACUUACCAACAACCACAACCAUGUCUUCCAACAACAAAGACCAAACCUCCACCCUGCAGUCCUACGUCGACUCCGCCACAGGCGCCGUCCAAUCUGCCCUCGGAUCCCUAACCGGCAGCACCGCUGAUCAAGUCCAAGGCGAGAACAAAAAGGACGUCGCCGGCCGCCGAAAAGGACCUCUCGCACGCGACCGCCAAAGCCGGCCCCUUCGCCGUCAGCUCCUCCGGCGGCGUCGCAAAAGACAACUCAGACCGCACCGCCGGUUCAUGGAACCAGAACGUCGGCGCCGCGAAGGAAGCCAUUGGCGGCUUCGUUGGCGCAGAGGGCCUCAAGCAGGAGGGUAUUAGGCAGAACCAGGAGGGCAAGGGCCAGGAAGCUGCGGGACAGAUGAAUGAUCUGGGCAAGGGCAUUUCAGAUCGUGUUGGUGGGACUAUUGGGGGGUGCGGUUGCGGGACUAACAGGGAACGAGGCGCAGAAGGCGGAGGCGCAGAAGCAACAUGAUGAAGGGAAAGCGAGGCAGCGGGGUGUUGAGGCGGAUCUGCAGAAGCAGGCUCCUCAGUAGGGGAGAUACUGAGUGUGAUUAUAGUUUAUGGUGGAUUGGAUGAUAUACCCUUUUGCUCGACAUUACAGAAUGAACGAACGAUCUUCUACA